AUGUAUUCUAGCAGUUUCCGUGCUGCAGUAGAUGAUCAAUUUCAGCGUGAAGUGAUCUCCAUCCACGUUGGACAGGCCGGUGUGCAAAUCGGUAAUGCAUGCUGGGAACUAUACUGUCUUGAACACGGAAUUCAGCCUGAUGGCAUUAUGCCUUCGAAAAAUGAGAAUGAAUCGUUCACAACAUUCUUCUCUGAAACGGGAAACAGUCGCUUUGUACCUCGUGCGAUAAUGGUGGAUCUAGAGCCUACCGUUGUUGAUGAAAUCAGAACUGGUACGUACAAACAACUUUUCCACCCAGAGCAGAUGAUUACUGGUAAAGAAGAUGCGGCUAAUAACUAUGCUCGAGGACACUACACUGUUGGAAAAGAGAUCAUCGACCUCGUGCUUGACAGAACUCGUCGUCUUGCUGACAACUGCUCUGGUCUGCAAGGAUUUUUGAUCUUCCACUCCUUUGGAGGAGGUACUGGUUCUGGAUUCACUUCAUUGCUCAUGGAACGCCUUUCUGUGGAUUACGGCAAGAAGAGUAAACUUGAGUUCUCUAUUUAUCCUGCUCCACAGGUUUCUACCGCUGUGGUUGAGCCGUACAAUUCUAUUCUCACUACCCACACGACACUUGAACAUUCCGACUGUGCCUUCAUGGUUGAUAAUGAAGCUAUCUACGAUAUUUGCCGACGAAAUUUGGACGUUGAGAGGCCGAGCUACACCAACCUCAACCGAAUUAUUUCCCAGGUUGUCUCGUCCAUCACUGCGUCUCUUCGCUUCGAAGGUGCUCUCAACGUUGAUCUCACCGAGUUCCAGACGAAUCUCGUUCCUUACCCUCGCAUUCACUUCCCAUUGGCAACUUACUCUCCUCUGAUUUCAGCAGAAAAGGCUUACCACGAGGCCUUGUCUGUAAGCGACAUCACCAACAUGUGCUUUGAGCCUUGCAAUCAGAUGGUGAAGUGUGACCCACGAAAUGGAAAGUACAUGGCUGUUUGCCUGUUGUAUCGUGGAGAUGUUGUGCCGAAAGACGUGAACCAAUCCAUUUCCGCCAUCAAGGCAAAGAGAAGCAUUCAGUUCGUUGACUGGUGCCCCACUGGUUUCAAGGUCGGCAUCAACUACCAACCUCCAACAGUCGUUCCUGGUGGCGACAUCGCUAAGGUUCCUCGAGCCGUUUGCAUGCUGUCUAACACGACCGCGAUCGCUGAAGCUUGGGCUCGUUUGGAUCAUAAGUUUGACCUUAUGUAUGCCAAGCGUGCAUUCGUCCACUGGUAUGUCGGAGAGGGAAUGGAGGAAGGCGAGUUCAGUGAGGCACGCGAAGAUCUUGCAGCUCUUGAGAAAGAUUACGAAGAGGUCGGAUCUGAUUCAAACGAGGAAGGUUACGAAGAAGGAGAAGAAUAUUGA